AUGGACAGAUACAAGAAUAUUCCAGAGGGUUCCAGCACCGCCAGAAGUGAUGAUGAAAGAAAUCUUCAAAAUAUCACUGAAGAUGAAGAAGAAGCAUUCUCCAGUGACCAAGAAGAACAAUGCAAACGCCGUGGUGGCUCAUGGCGGAACUUCCUGAAAAAGAAGGUGCUUUAUGUUACUGAACUAUGGAAUAAAUUUACUAUCUUUCUUUGGAGAUUGGGCGAGAUACACAUCUUCAAGCUUGUGACUUUGUUCAUCAUUAUUGUCUCUGUCAAUGAGGUGUCGGCUCUGACUGCCAUCUAUGUCCUGCUAGUCGCUGUCCUGUUACCACUAUCAAAGGCCAGCCUGUUGCUGUCCCACGUGACUCUUGUGUGGACGACAGUGAUCAUCCUGGCCAAGAUGAUCUUCCAGCUGAGCCUGGUGGAGACCCAUUACUGGAUCACCGGAUGUGAGGAUCAUAAUAUCAGCACUUCUGAGGGGAAUGAAACUGACAAUGCCAUUUGGUUUGGCUUACAGAAGAUUUGGUCACCAAGUAUUAACAGCACCAUCUCUCACUAUCUGCGGUUCUAUGUCCUGGUGUUGGUUCUGAUUGUGUUUGAGAGCAUCAUCCGCUACCAUCAGAGACAGUACUAUAGGAAUCCACUGAUCCACAAACCUGAUCGGGGCAUACUGUUCUCCAGCAUCACCAGGGCUGAUGCCGACAAGGGGAUUGUCUCGUGCAUCAAGUUCUUUGCAAACUACUUUUUCUACAAGUUUGGCCUUGAGUGCUGCUACAUCAUGACUGCGGUGACUGUUUGUCUGCGGGUGGAUGCUGUGGCCCUGGUAUAUAUUGUGUUAGUUGCUGCCAUCAUGAUGAUGUCUCGGAGAACCAUAGCCAACCUGUGGCCCAUCUACAAGCUGGUGUUGGCCAUUUUGCUAGCUGUUCAGUUUAUUGUUGUUCUUGGCUUCCCCCCGGGUGUUUGCAUACAAUACCCGUGGGCAGAAAACAAGAACUUGACACCAAACCUGAAGCAGUGGUUGUAUUUACCAGACUAUAUCAAACCUCCACACUCUCUUGUGCUCAUAGCCGACUUUCUUCAGCUGCUGUUUGUCAGUCUACAAGCGUUUGUCUUCAGCAUUGAAGGUAACCGUGAAAGGAUGGAACGUUAUGGUGGAGGGGACAACGCAGACAUCUUGGAUGACGUGGAGCAGAAUAAACCUAUCCCUUGCAAAGACUUUACUCUAGAGCAAACGAAGGGCAUCGACAUGGUGAAGCACCUGGUAUUUGAACACAUGUUCUGGCUGACCAUGGCCAUCGUCUUCAUCACUGGGGCUACACGGAUAAACAUUUUCUCCCUCUUUUAUGUCAUUGCUGUCUUCUGCUUCAUGUGGUUCGGCAAGGAGUUCUUUCUGAAACCACUGAGGUCAAUGCUGAGAAU